CUAGUUAUUAUCACUUGUCUUCUAUAUGUCUUGUUAAUAUGACCACCACCUCAACACAAGAAGGAGAUCCUGCUCCUGCUCCUGCUCCUGAUCCUGAUCCUGAUCCUGAUACGAUAUUACAUAGUAUUGAACAUGAUCUUCAUUUAGUACUAACUGCUGCUGAUUUUAGAGAAUUAAGUCUAGUCGUUGGUGCUAGUAUUAUGGGUAGUGUAGUAGAGAAAUAUAAUAAACAUCACAGAGAGCAUCAGCAGAUUUAUAAGAAGAAGGAUACAGCAGCAGCAGGAGGAGCAGGAGGGGAAACUAAUGAUAAUAAUAAAGUGUCAUCAUCAUCAUCAACAACAAAGGUGAUUAGUGCACAAGAUGCCUUUAGAUUGUGUAGUCAUCUGUUAACACCUCGACCGAUGGUAUCGGGUUUAGAGGGGGAACCUCCUCAAUUAUCCAAUACACAACAACAACAACAUCAUCAUGAGCCUCUUAUGGACUUUGAUGUUGUACAUCGGAUAACUUCUGAUCCAUCUAGUGCUAAUAAGGAUUUCAACCAUCUAACUCAAAUAUCUUUACAACUAAUUGAUAAGCAUAAAGAUAUUCUCAAUACUGUCCCUAUACCAGGAUCAACCUCCCAACAUAUAAUAAAUAAUAGAUUACCGUAUCCAGAUGAUGAUGAGGAUGAUGAUGGUGAUGAUUACGAUGAUGAUAUUGGUAGUAGCUGUAGUAGUAAACGUAGUAAAAGGAGUAAGAGGAGUAGUAAAAAGAAGCAUAAGAUCAGUACCAGUAGUAGUACCUCGAAGAAGCAUCAUCAUCAUCAUCGUCAUCAUCAUCAUCGUCGGAGUCCAUCAGAGAUGAGGGAACUCACUAAUACUCUUACACUACUGUUGGAUGGUGAUGAUGAUUAUGAUAUUGGCAGUAGCAACAACAACAACAAGAGGAUAGGCGACGACGGGGGGCAACAGGAUAUUAUUGAUGGUAGAAAUAGCAUACAGGAGGAUGAUAUAAUAGUAAUGGAGGGAAGGAAGAGGAAGAGGAAAAGAACGAUAACUGAUAAGAGAAGAGAUAAGAAGAAACAUAAGAAGGACAAUAGUAAGAAGGACAAUAGUAAGAAGGACAAUAGUAAGAAGGACAAUAGUAAGAAGGACAAUAGUAAGAAUGACAAUAGUAAGAAGGACAAUAGUAAGAAUGAGAAAAAAUGA